AUGGAUAGACAAGCAUUUUUCCGUAAGUUUUUUGUUGUCAUGGUAUUCAUUUCUAGAUUUCCUGGACAAAAGCGCCCUCGACCUACCUAAAAAGUUCUUUCAAUCGGAAAGAGAGCGAGAUUCUGAUAAGAAGCGAAUAUGGGAACUUCGUCGAAUGAAGCUUUCAGGAAAUUUAGCUCUUCUAAAGCAGAACAAGGUGGCUGAAUUCCCUCAGAAUGACAAAAUCAUCAAGAUAUACGAGGCUGUUGUUUACAAGUAUGGCAGAGCUUAUCGGCAUCACAACUUUUAUCGAUCAGCGAAGCAAUUAUUGUCGUUUCUGAAGCGCCUAAGGGACGGAAGUUUUUUAAAGCAACUGGAAAGGUUGUUCAAGGUAAGUUGUUUCUCAAAUUUUCGUCAUUAUACAGGGUGUUCAGAAAAAAUGUUCCGCAAAUUUUCACGGUUUUUUUUGCCAAAAAAAUCUCCGCUGACGCGGAAAGUAGUGCGAUUGCACGGUGCAGUUUGUCUCUGGGCACCGAUAAAGUUUGUGCGCACCGUGUCUAUGCCUUCCGCCGAUAUGGCAAGCGUCCGUCGUAACUUCGCCGUUAAACAUAAAAAUGAGCAAAUAUCUGCUUUGCCACCAUCAGAAAUGAUAACAAAGCGUUUAAGAUUACCACAAACGUUUCUGCCGACCUUCCGCUUUGGCGUAGAAUUUUAAAAACCGCAUAGUCUUCUUUCUCCUGCAAAAAGUUUUUUUUUCAUUUUUGGAUAUCUUGACUGAGCGCCAAGAAAUCGACAAAAACUUUCCCGCACAUUUCUCUGAACUCCUUCGUAUAGGGUUUAAAUGAAGCUGGUUGCGCAUAUUUACCAACCCAAGAAUUUAUUAUUUACCUGGGAGCCUUGUUGUGCCGCAGAAUAGCAUUACUAGACCGUUUGAGAUGGUUGGCUGCCAGGAAUGUGGACUUUGAUCUUGGUUAUGUGCAGUUGGGGCAUUUGGUAAGACUUCAAGUUUUAGAAAUGAAACACUUUAGGUUAAAUUCAACAUGCUUCUGAUCUCAUUGGCUUCUGAAUUGGCCGAAAAUGCGUUGAGACACCUGGAGUUAUUGUUGAAGGUCUAUAACGAGACUGCCGAAUGUUUUUGUUCGGCAUCAGACAAGUAGGUCAAAGGGUUUAGAAUAAUAUAUGGAACUGUUUGUUUAGAUUCCCUGUUUCGUGUGAGUGCUUUCCAUUAGACUCGGUGAAAGUCAAUUCUUGUGGCCAGUUGAUCAUCUCAGAAUUGACCCCUGAAAACGUCAAAUGUCUUUGCGAUAUUGUUGAUCAUAAAGUCCCCGGGAAUAGUGCUUCUCAGGAAUCGCAAGUUUUUUUAAGCUGUUAGAAAGUUUGUUUGGCGAAUCUAUGAUUGAUAUUUAUAGAAGUUUGGAGAUUUCCCUGAAUGAUCUCAAAGAAAAAAUUGAGAAAGAAAUGAUUUUAUUGACAAAUGAGAACGCGGAAGGCACCAAAAACAAUGAAGAACAGUCGGGUUUCUACAGGAUUAUUGAUAAAUCACGGACAAGAAAACGGAAACGGAAUAAAACUUGA